AAAAAUUGUUUAUGUGUUUCUCCAUACAUAUUUGAUUUCACUGCAGUUGGAAAGUCCUCCAAACAUAAUUCAAGGUCGCUGUUUGCGUGGUUUUCGAUCGUUUGCCGUUCAGCAAGUCAUUCUUUCUUAUCGUACGCUGGAACAUUACCUAGCAAUUUUAAAAAGCCUGAGUUAGGUAUUAAGGAUUGACGUACAAGUAGUGCAGGGAGAGUUUUGUGAUACUUUUCUUUAGAAAAGAAUCAUGACCAAGGCAGUUUGCGUUCUUACCGGUGAAGUUAAAGGAACUGUUUUUUUCCAACAAGAUGGCCCAGACGCCCCAGUGAAAGUGACCGGGGAGGUGACAGGGCUGUCGAAGGGCCUGCACGGCUUCCACAUCCAUGAGUUUGGGGACAACACCAAUGGCUGCAUAAGCGCGGGCCCGCACUUCAACCCGCACGGCAAGGAGCACGGCGGGCCGGGCGACGCGGAGCGCCACGCGGGGGACCUGGGCAACGUGGAGGCGGGCGGCAACGGCGUGGCCAAGGUCGACAUCUGCGACAAGCAGAUCUCCCUGCAGGGCCCGCUCAGCAUCAUCGGCAGGACGCUCGUGGUGCAUGCCGACCCUGACGACCUGGGCAAGGGCGGGCACGAGCUGAGCAAGUCGACGGGCAACGCGGGCGCGCGCCUGGCGUGUGGCGUGGUGGGCAUUGCCAAGCUGUGAGGCGGCACACGUCCACUCCUUCCCGGCCGGGAGCACUCCGUGUCGGUUCCUGUUUCCACUUGUAGCACUCGUUCAUUCCAUGUCUGUACAAUUAGAAAUGCCAAAUAAAGAGUUUAUGGGCUGAGGACUGUCACUGCUUGGAA